AUGUUGGUUCAGCCCACGAAUAUCUAUAGUUCGGCCCAUACUCUUUAUCACGUCGUUCUCGGCUCGUCUUCACGUGGAGUGCAGCCUUCCAUCAAGCAAUAUGUUCUUGUCACGAAACCCAUCAGAAUGCACGCAGCUCAACGCAAGUUAGCUCAUCUUGACGCAAUCCUUAAUAGCUCGCCGAACUGUGGCUCGUCAAGGUUCUCCUUGCCGCAGAUGUCACUCUUGCCUCGUAAUUUGCACGACGAACUGCAGCUCAUCGAAGCUCACUGUUCCGCACUUGCAGCUCUCCAUGGUUCGCUUCCUGUCACAGCAUCUACUUUGGGAGGAGCUAAAAAAGAUCUACUCAAUGGAUUUCAUCAAGACCAGUUCCCGCGUGCUCUGAGUGAGUUAACUUUCCAACGCAAUUGGAUUGGCAUCAUUUGGAUGAGUAGAAAAGUUAUGAUCAAAUUAGUGAAGACUGGUCCAGACGGCUUAUCGAGAAUUCGCAUCCAAGCCGCGCACGCCGGCCGAUCGAGGAACGAACAUACCGCGACCGUGCCGCCACGUCCUGCUAAGUCCACGGCCAAUCCCACAUACCGACCCGGGAGCAUCUCCCGCGGUCGGCCAACUCACUUCACAUGCCACCAUCCGUGCACGACCACGCCGCGCGAACAGGAAGGCAAAGCUCGCGGCCGCGCGGCACAACCCAUGUACCGCGGCCGACCCAUCCGCGACAGGAAGGCAUCGUCCCGUCCGGCCAAGAUUCAUCGGCCAAAACCUUUCAUCCGUCCGACCCCGUCGGCCGAACACGAAAACUAUCGGCCACGAUCGUUCCGACCGUACCGAUGCCGAAUACGAUCCGACGACCGGCCGACGUCCCGACCGACCGUCCGAACGGUCCGGUCGACCCAAAGCCGUUUUUGA